ACAAAACUAGUUCAGCUGUGUUUGUGGCGGGAGAAAGAGAUUCAACAUUUCGAGCCCAACAUGGCUAUACUUCGGCACAGAGGGGUCUUUGACGUUUUGCUACAUCUCCUUGACGCCACACUCGGUCAAAUUCUACCUUGAUGUCAAAAUGAAGCAGAGGAUCGGGACAAAUGGGUCGAUUUCAGGUUUCCAAGCUGUAACCAGCGAAGUGCCACAUUUGACGAAUCCUGUGCCCUCAACUAUUUAUUAUCUAUAUCAGUGACUGGAUGAGUGGAGCGAAUAUAUGGUAGCUACACUUGAUGAUGACUCAAAAAUAGAACAUCAGAAUCUGGGAAUUCCUGUCAACAUCAUGGCUGAAGGUUCAGAUAAGGGAGAAUAUCCAACAUCUUCAAAAAGAAUGAGAAUGGACACAGGUGCCAACCAAAUAGACGUGCAUGGAAGAAAUGUGGGUGUGCAGGUCCCUGACCAGCAGUCCAGGUUACUGCAUACUGAUGUGCCGUUAUCUUCCAUGUACAUAUCUAACCCAAAUCUAAGUGAUGGCACAAGUGUCAGUAAUCCAAAUACGGUGCCAACAGCUGUGCUGCCCUCAAAUAUUGAUAUUCGGAAAUCGUGGCAUAGUGAUGUUACUCAGGAGCUACGCAAUCACCUUGUACACAAACUACUUCAAGCCAUGUUCCCAACACCUGGCCCAGCAGCAUUAAAAGACCCACGGAUGGCAAACCGAGUAGCUUAUGCACGGAAGGUGGAAGAAAAUAUCUACGAGUCUGCCAAUAGCAUGGAUAUGUACUUCGAACUGGUGACUGAGAAGACAUACAAGAUCCCGCGGCAACUGGAGGCAAAACGACGCAUGUUUCAGACUUGUUGCACAAUGUCAAACCGAUGUGAGAAUCAGAAUCUGGGAAAGCCUGUCAUCACCAUGGCUGAAGGGUCAAACAGGGGAGAAUAUCCAACAUCUUCAAAAAGAAUGAGAAUGGACACCGAUCCAAAUUCUACAAUCACUGAAUUUUUGCCAGAUUGCAACAAUUACCAGUUGUUUCAGCUUACAAAAUUCUACCAGGACAGACUGGAACAGGCGAUUGAAGAAUGGGUGGAGGGACUUGGCCUCAUGUUAACAAGCGAGGACCAUUUAACUGAAGAAGAAUAUCAUAAAGUCACCGAGCUUACGGAGAAGGGAAACCGGGUGAACAGUUCCAAACUUCUCCUAAAUCUGGUGAUGGAGAAAGGCUUUCGGGCCCGAAGAUCAAUGUGGGAAUCCUUUGUAAAAAAGCGCCAUGAGGUCCCAAAGUUGGAUAAAAUACUGAAAGAAAUACAGGACCUUGGUUCUGAGCUGUUGGAUUACAUGGACACCGUACAAGCUUUAUCUGAAAAACCCAAUCAGCUGAAAGAUAUUCAGCAGAAACACAGGGAAACACUCCAGGCACAAACUGAAACAUUGAGAGUGAACACUAUCCUACCAGAGAAGAAGGUUAAGAUUUUCCAGCUGGUUGAUCAAUACACUGAGUUAACGAUCAUUUCUAAUGUUCGAGAUCGGACACUUGUAGAACAUGAACUGCUGGCAAGAGGCCGAGACCAUGAACAGUGGAGAGAGAAACAUCUCCGGAGAGAACUGGAAAAAAUCCGAACUGAUCAGUUGUUCCAGAGCAGUUUUUCCUGUAGAAAAUCCAAAUCUGGGAGUUCAGCAGCAGUGAACGGAGCCCCUGGGAUUGGAAAAACAACAAUGGUACAAAAAAUUAUUUAUGAUUGGGCCACUGGGAAAAUAUAUCCACAUUUUCAAUUUGUUUUCAGUUUUAAAAUCCGGGAUUUGAACACUAUUAACUGUGGAAUAAACCUGAGGAAUCUGAUAUUGGAUCAGUAUCCUUACUUUGGGAAUGUUCUGGGAGAGCUCUGGAAGAACCCAGAGGGAUUGCUGUUUAUAUUCGAUGGUCUGGAUGAAUUCAAGGAAAGGAUUGAUUUUGCUGAUAAUCGGAGAAAUACAGAACCUCAGUUCAUGUGCACAGAUCCUGAAUGCUGGUGUGAAGUGUCUGACAUUGUGUACAGUUUAAUACAGCACAAGCUGCUCCCAGGAUGUUCAGUGCUAGUGACCAGCCGCCCCACUGCAUUACAUUUAUUGGAAAAGGCUGAGAUCAGUGUCUGGGCUGAAAUCCUGGGAUUUGUUGGUGAUGAAUGGAGGGAAUAUUGCAACAAGUGUUUUGAAGAUCAGGCAGUGGCAGCAGCUGUUUUCAAACACGUGGAACAGAACGAGAUCCUGUACACCAUGUGCUAUAACCCUUCCUACUGCUGGAUCCUCGGUCUGUCACUGGGUCCCUUCUUUACACAAAGAGGCAGGAAAGAGCAGCAAGUUCCCAAGACCAUCACCCAACUGUAUUCCUACUAUAUUUACAACAUUCUGAAAAACCAUAGCCCAGAGAUUGAAAGCCCCCGUGAUGUGUUACUGAAGCUUGGUGAGAUGGCCUUCACAGGAGUCUCUGAGAAGAAGAUUGUGUUUACAAAUGGAGAUUUGAUCACGUACAAUCUUCACCCUUCCCAGUUCCUGUCUGGGUUCCUGAUGGAACUUUUGGAGAGAGAUGAUUCUGCCCAGAGUGUGGCUUACACAUUCCCACACCUCACCAUCCAAGAGUUUGUAGCUGCACUCGCACAAUUCCUGACUCCCGAUCCCAAGGACAUCUGGAAACUUCUCAGUGAAGCCCACAGUGAGGGAGAUGGGAGAUUUGAGAUAUUUCUCCAUUUCGUUGUUGGCCUUUCCUCCCCACAGUCAGCUCUGCCCCUGGAGGAGUUUCUGGGUCCAUUUCUUCAUCAAACAACCUGUCAAGUGAUUGACUCGGUGAAGGAGAAGGUUGAAGGACAGAUUGGAAAUGCAGAGAAUGAAGCUGGUAAAAGGGACCUCCUGAGAACAUUUCACGACCUGUUUGAGUCUCAGAAUGAAGCACUGACUCGGGCCGUAGCAGGAUCUGUGAAAACACUCACAUUUCGCCGAUUGCGACUGACCCCAAUUGACUGUACGGUCCUGUCACAUAUCAUUGGAUUUUGUGAUACAAUAAAACACCUCGAUCUACACUAUUGCUUCAUUCAGUGUGAAGGACUCCAGCGGCUGGGAUCCGUUCUGCACAAAUGCCAGGAGUUGAGACUGAGUCGUAACAAUCUGGGAGAUUCAGGAGUGAAACUGCUGUCUGCGGCUCUGAGGAAUCCGGACUGUAAAAUACAGAAACUGGAGCUGAAUAAUAACAAUCUCCCAGUUUCUUGUGCCAAAUAUCUUGCCUCUGCUUUAAGUACAAACCGGUCACUGACGAAUCUGAAGCUGGAUUAUAAUAAUCUGGGAGAUUCAGGAGUGAAACUGCUGUCUGAUGCUCUCCAAAAUCCAGACUCCAAAAUGCAGGAACUGAGUCUGAAUAAUAACGCUCUCACAGAUUCUUGUGUCAAGCAUCUCGUCUUCGUCCUCAGUACAAACCAGUCACUGGCCAUUCUGAACCUGGCUAAUAAUAAUCUGGGAAAUUCAGGAGUGAAGCUACUGUCUGCGGCUCUAAAGAAUCCAGACUGCAAAAUACAGAGACUGGAGCUGUGUAAUAAUGGUCUGACAGAUUAUUGUGUCGAGGAUCUUGCCUCUGCUCUCGGUACAAACCGGUCACUGACAGAUCUUAACCUGGAUAAUAAUAAACUAGGAGAUUCAGGAGUGAAACUACUGUCUGUGGCCCUGAGGAAUCCAGACUGCAGAAUACAGACACUAGAUCUGGAAAAGAAUGGUCUCACAGAUUCUGGUACUGAUUAUCUCGCCUCUGCUCUCAGUACUAACCAAUCACUGACGUUACUGUAUCUGCAAUCAAAUUCCAUCACAGAUCAAUCUGUCCGCGCUCUCUGCCGCCUCAUACUGACUUGCAAGAGUCUGAAGCAAAUCGAGUUAAAGGGAAAUCGGUUGGGUCCAGAUGGAAAGAGACACCUGGAGUCGCUUCGGGAUUUCACACCUGGACUGAGUGUGACAGUGUGAACAUUUCAAUUUAUAAACAUUACUACUCUCAUAUGAACAUUUUGUCUGAUUUUCUGCCCCUCCUCUUUAAUCUGUCGCGCUCCAGGUCUAAAUCCUAUUGGCCAUUUCCCAGUUUCCAGUUCGAGCUGAGUGAGUGUCAUCCCUCAUUGUGAUGUCAGAGGGCCAGCGACAGGGUCAUGAGACUCAGCCGCCUUCUCCCACAGCGCUGCUAUUAUUCGUUCAUGGGUUGUGGAUGUUUCUGGCUGGACCAGCAUUUAUUACCCAAUGCUAAUUGCCCUUGAGAAGUGGUGAUGAGCUGCAUUUUUGAAGAAACAGCGAUAUGUUU